CCCAGACAUAACAGAGAUGUUGCGACGAAAGCCAUCUAAUGCAUCAGACAAGGAACCAAACCAAAAAAAGAAGCUGUCACUGCAGCGUUCCAGUAGCUUCAAGGAUUUUGGAAAGUCAAAACCAAGUUCACCUGUCGUGAGUGAAAAGGAGUUUAAUCUUGAGAAUGAUAUUCCUGAAGACGAAGCCGGAGUACCGACAGAUGAGACUAAACACAGCUCAGGCAAACUCGGUAAGAAAUGGAGAGCUGUCAUUUCACGGACAAUGAACAGGAAAAUGGGAAAGGAGGUUAUGAAAGCAAUGGCUCAUGAAAUGGGAGAACCAACAGAUCCACAUUCCUUAUCUUCAAUAACAAAUGAUCUGCAUAGGAAGUCUUCAGAUCUUGAAGAAAAUCUACACUCGCCCAUCAGCCGACAAACUUCUAGUGGCAGUGAGGUCUUCAGUCCGUCAUAUAUGAUCAACAACAGAGACAGCAUUAACCUGGAAAACCUCCCACCGCCAUAUAAUGGGCCAUUCUGUGGAAAAGCUAAAGUGCACACAGACUUCAUACCAAGCCCGUAUGAUGGGGAUACUCUCAAGCUCAAAAAAGGAGACCUCAUUGACAUCAUUGAAAAACCGCCUGUCGGUACCUGGACAGGUAUGCUAAGAAACAAGGUGGGAACUUUUAAAUUCAUCUAUGUCGACCUUGUUCCUGAAGAAACUGAAAUCCCCAAAAAGGCAAAGACCAGAGCUAGGAGCAAACGACAGAAGCCUAAGACUGUGCAGGAGCUGUUGGAACGCAUUAACAUGCAGGAACACAUCCCAACCCUCCUAUUGAACGGCUAUGAGACAAUAGAGGAUUUCAAGGACCUGAGUGAAAAUCACCUGAUUGAGUUAAACAUUACAGAUCCUCAGCACAGGGUCAAGCUUCUCACAGCUGCCGAAUUCCUGCUGGAUUAUGACACUGGCAGUGAAACUGAAGGCAUGACAGACACAAGUUCUAUGGACCACAGUAUUCACAUUCCCCGUGACUCUGGCUGCUACGAGGGCUCAGAGAAUCUGGACAACAGCCGGGAUGAUAGUGAGAUAAUCAGCAUAGAUGAAGACAUUAAAAACCUGUCCUUGGUUGCAUCCACUGGGGUGAAACAUGCAGAGACUGAACAAUCUAUACCUGGAGAUACAACCUAUAAUGAAGGCUGACGGUCUGUAGAUCCUGUACUGUCAGUACUAUCAUCUCUUUGGAUCCAAUCAAAUUGCUUUGGAACGCCAUUAUUCAUUAACUAACAAGUGGACAAAAAGCAAAACACUGGUCAUAAACUCGGACUUUGUGUCUUGGAUCAACUCACCAUAAUGGCCAUUUCCACAGAAAGUCUAUUUUUUUUUUAAUACAGUGGUACCAUUAAGUGACGUUGAAACCCGCCUUGUAGACCUAAUUACGUUUAGUUUUAUGGGUUUUGCUAAUAAUAACCCGUCAUCAAGGCACAACAAUUUUCUGGAGCUGUUACCUUAUAUUCUAGGUUAAUCAGUGGAAUAUUGUCAGUGGAUUAAGAACCAGCCUCCUGUUCCAUUUUUUUUUAAUAAAUAUAUAUCUUAC